GGCCAAUCGAUUGGGUCCGAUCAGCUUGAAGCCGCCAUACACUGCCAAAGCUGCCCGACCUGGUGGAGAUGGUCACUGAAGUCAAAGAAAGCAUUGGCUCCUUGACUCGCCGAUCAGGAUCUGUGCCAGGAACUGCAAGACGAGCGCCGAGUGAUGAUGUGAUGAGCAUUGUAAGACGGCACUUGGAGGCCACCGAGGAAAAGCUGAGCGUGCAGAUUGGCAAGGUGCAGCAGCAAAGCGACAAGCUACGAGAAACUGCAUUUGCUAGAGUGGAUGCCAAGCUUUGUGGGUUCGAAUCUGCGCAGCCAAAGUUCGACCGACGUCUUGCAGAGCUUUCCGGAAAUUAUCAAGGCCUGUCUGAUGAAGUCCAGUCACAGAUUCGCCGCGUUGACCAGCUGGACACGAGGCUGAGGACCUGGAGGCAAGAACUGGAGGAGAUGAUUCGUGCCAAGUUCUCUGAACUGGAGCGGAGCAACCAGCAAAUCAUAUCAACAUCUCGUGUGUCGUCUGCAUGCAGCGAGGAUAACAUCAACCGUUGGACCAGGCGGCUCAUUCGGCUGGAGGGAGUAGUUGAUGAGCGCAUGGCAGCAGCAGAUGAUGUCAAUCAGAGUUUACUGAACUUACAUGCCCGAUUAUCGCAGAUCGAGGAGGGCCAGGAGGUUAUUUUAUCGCCUGUCCAGCCAAUCUCGCGUGAGGCUGAUGGCGGAGCAAUGGCCGUGCUUGAGUCCCGGCUCGUUGAUGCAGACUCAAAGCUGCAGCGCUGGCUCGAUGAGUCUCACGACCUACACGCACGAAUGGAAGCGCAAGAAGAACGCUUGAAAUCGCUGAGGACAUUGAUAGAUACACGGGAAGACUGCGUUCGUGCGCUGAGUGACCGACUUGAGCGUACUGACUGCGACGCACGGCUCAGGGAGCUGCACGACAGAGUCCAAGAAACGGAAAAAUGCUGUCACGAGUUGGGACUACACAAGGAGAACAAAUGCAGUGACAGACUUGCAGAACUCGAGAAGCGCUUUGAGGACGUCACAGAGAGGAACUUCACUAGCGUGGGCGAUGUGCUUCAGCAGCUGAAACAGGUUGCGCCCAGAGUGAUGGAGCACGAGGCAAUGCUACAAGACCUGACUGCUUACUUUGCUGGUAGCUCCUUGGAAGAGAUGGACGCCCACUUCUGUGUGAGAAAGAUCAGACUACGAGACGCUGGCUGUUUGGUUCUGAGGUGAGAUGGCCAACUCUUGAUGCGUUUUCGCUCGCAGCACUUCUUUGUGGACAGCCAAAGAUCAGAAGCUCGUCCUGCGCGGCAGAAUUCAUGACUGCUUAGGCGAUCAUGGCCCAAAUUCAUAUCUACCUGUGAAGCUUUGUGUGCGUGGAGUGCUGAAGUCUCUACUCACAGGCUCAGCUGGGAGUGCUUAGAAGAUGCUGUGUCAAUGCGUAUCCCGACAUUCAUUUGGCGAG